AUGGCUUCAUUUUCUCACUAUUGCCUGCUAGUUCUGGUCUUUCUGGAUUCAUAUGCAGCUCAGCCAUCCUGUCUACCAGGAUGUACCUGCUCAGAGGACAGUUUCGGCAGGGCUCUGCAGUGCAUGUCUACCUCUUUGGGAAUGAUCCCAAGGAAACUUCCUGAAGAGUUAAAGCGGUUGAGAAUUGAAAAUUCACCCUUAUUCGAACUACCCCAAGGGUCCUUCAUCAACAUGAGCACGUUGGAAUACCUUUGGCUUAAUUUUAACAACAUCACUGUGAUACACCUAGGAGCCCUGGAGCACCUGUCAGAACUGAAAGAGCUGAGACUGGAGGGGAACAAACUUCGUUCAGUGCCAUGGACAGCAUUCCAAGCCACCCCUCUUCUGAGGGUCUUGGAUCUCAAACACAACAGGAUUGACGUGCUCCCUGAGCUGGCUCUUCAGUUCUUGGUCAAUCUGACCUACCUUGACCUAUCCUCCAAUAGGCUUACAGUUGUAUCCAAGGGUGUCUUCUCGAACUGGCUGGCCUACCAGAAACCCCAUCAGCCUGGCUGCGGAGCCAGGAUUCACUCCAGUUUGGUGCUGGCACUGCACGACAACCCCUGGCUAUGUGACUGUCGCCUGAGGGGACUUGUCCAAUUUGUAAAGUCCAACAGCAUUCCAGUCAUCCUGGUGAAUUCCUACCUGGUGUGCCAACACCCUCUCUCCAAAGCAGGGCAGCUUUUUCAUGAAACUGAGCUCAGUGUUUGCAUGAAGCCACAGAUCUCAACCUCCAAUGCCAGUGUCACCAUCCAGAUGGGACAGAAUGUGACCCUGAGAUGCCUGGCACAGGCCAGUCCCUCACCAACCAUUGUAUGGACUUAUCCUCUGAGCAUGUGGAGAGAAUUUGAUGUGUUGACCUCAUCUACUGCAGAAGAUACUGCUCUGUCGGAGCUGGUCAUACCUGCUGCCCACUUGGUGGACAGGGGUAAUUACACCUGUGUGGCCUCCAACUCCAUCGGCAGGAGCACCCUUGUCAUCUCCCUCCAAGUCCAGCCUGCCCAGACCCUGUCUGUGCCCCAUUCUGCCUUUUUCCCCUCGGAUGGCAAUGCCUAUGUUGACCUGAGGGUCGUCAAGCAGACAGUGCAUGGGAUUCUGCUGGAGUGGUUUGCGGUGGUUGACACCCCUGAGGAGAAAUGGUUCACCCUCUACAUUGCAUCAGAUGAAACACUCAAGAAGGAGGUGGUCCACAUCGGCCCCGGGAUCAACACGUACGCCGUGGAUGACCUCCUUCCCAGCACAAAGUAUGAGGCAUGCCUCAGCCUGGGGGGCCAGCCCCCACGCAGGGGCCGGUGUGUGGUCUUUGUGACGGGCAGAGACCAUGGCGAGCUGGAGGGACGGGAGCGCCUCCUGCACAUCACAGUGGUCCUGUGCGCUGUGUUGCUGGCGGUGCCUGUGGGCGCCUACGUCUGGGCAGCCCAGGCCCCCUGCAGCUGCAGGGAGUGGGGGCUGCACUGCUGUCCUCACCGCAGGAAGGCUCCCAGGUGCCCCCGUGCUGUGCCACAGCACAGGGACUGCUCCUAUAGAGAGCACAUAGCUGUCUGUGAGGACCGCCUGGGGCACAGAGACGAUGACGGGGAUGAAGAGAAAGAUGGAGAGGAAGACAGGGGCUGA